AUGUCAGUUCAAAGUCUCCCUGACGAAAUCUGGCUCCAGAUCGCCGAGCACCUUGACUCGACCCCAAACAUCGCCGCUCUAUGCCGUGUCAACCGUAGGCUUUGCGGCAUCCUGCAGAGAGACCUUUUCCGCGACGCCAUCGACAGAGAUCUUCCCGAGAUCACGACUACCGCUGCGGCCAAUGGCCAGCUUGAGGUGCUGAAGACAGCCGCGGCCUUCGGCGCCGACCUUGGCCGUGUGCGCCCCGUCGAGCCGUCUGUCGAAUUACUGGCCAGCUUCGAACAGUUCGGAAUUGACUCUUUUUACUCGACUACAUGCUGGGGCACGCCACUUCAUCUUGCUGCCAGACACGGUCACAUGCACGUGGUGAAGUGGUUGAUCGAGCACGGCGUCAACAUCAAUGCGCCGGCGCGAUAUCUCUGUCACUGCGUCUCGAAUCAGCAAAGCACUCAAUGGACAAUGACAAAGAAAAUCUUCAGCCAGCGUAUUGCGUGGACGCCACUGCAUCAUGCGCUUUGUGGAGGGAAUGGUGAGAUUGCGCGGUAUCUCAUUUUGGCUGGUGCUUCGUAUUCUAUGGUGGUGCCAGCUACAUCGCCAUCCUGGCCGGACUUUGACUUUGAUACCGUAAGCUCUUCAUAUGGAAGUACCUCUUGCGUGGGGCUGCCAGCUAAUCAAAUCUCCAGGACCGGAGAACGCCUUGGUCAAGGACCUGAGGAUACAAUGUCUGUAGCCAGCAAAGCCAGUCCGGAAAUCUGGCUCGAGAUUGGUUAUUACGUUGACUCAUUUCACGGGCUGGCCGCUCUCGCACGGGUCAAUCGAAUGCUGUACAGAAUAUUCCAAGUCGAACUAUACUGUAAAGCCGUCGGAGAGUCAUGUUCGGAAAUCACAGUGCUUGCUGCUGCCAAGGGCAAUCUGGAUACUCUCAAAGUCGCUGCGGCAUUCGGUGCGGACAUGAACAGAGUCUACGCCACCCCAUCCCCGAUGUGGAACCGCGACGGAAGCCGAGAACCGAUUAGAAUCCCCAUCGAGCAGUGUUGGGCAACCCCACUGCAUCUUGCUGUUCAACAUGGACACGAAGAAGUUGUCAGAUGGCUUGUGCACGUGCAGAAAGUCAAGGUCAACUCUCCUGGUCGGUUCCUAUGUCCAUGCAUGCCUGCAAUCGUUUACCUUGGCAGUAAUUUCAAUGGGCCAAGAAAUAGCAUUGGAGCAUGGUCGUCGUAUCCUGUCUGGACGCCUCUACAUCUUGCCAUUUGUCAGAACCAUGCGUCUAUAGCGCGCGAGCUUCUUGAGAAUGGCGGCUCCCACGACACACUCAUCGCUCGUGAAAACCUACCCCCCUUCGAAAAUGGGGCUUGGAAGGUGUUUUCAGUCCCUGAUCAGCCUUACUGGCCACAAAUGUACGCGAGGGAUCACUGGAAAUCAGUACGAAAUGUCAAACUACCCCAUAUUGCCGCGCUGUCAGGGUCGGAGGCCAUCAUGACACUUGUCGUUAGAGACUUUGGCGGAGAUGUUAAUGCGGCGGAUGCGUCUGCCGCAACACCACUUCACUACGCCAUCAUCGAAAAGGACGGAAUGAUGAUUCGUCAUCUUCUAUCAUUGGGUGCGGACCCAGAUUGUCAACAGAAUUAUUUCCAGCAUAGCGUGCCAACGGGCGGCAUGCGUUGGGGCGCGCUUGAUUUUGCUCUCCGAUUUGAGCCAAGACUGGCAAGCAUGCUCCUUGAACAUGGGGCUUCGGUGUGGAAUCCAAGUCCUAGGUCUGGACCCAUUGAAUCUUCUUUGAAGAACAUCAUCUGCUAUCACGAUGCCAACGCUGUUCCUCUGGAUCUCCGCCUUCUUCUCCGACUCACACGAGAACAAGAACGUCGACGAAGUUUGAGCACCUGGGCUGCUUUCGAAUUCCGUCUCGCCGAGGAAGAGAUUCAGGCUACGUUUUUUCGAGCCUGCCAAUCUCUCGCUUUCGGUAUACAAGACCUUGAAGCCUUCGUUGAUGAUGGAGAGCUGGAGCUUGGAAGCACGCCAAUGAUUACAACUCAGUCUGCCGCCACAUAA